CAAAGACGUCAAAAAGUUAUUGAAUUAGGGUUAUGUCAGCUUCGUGUUGUUGUUGUUUUACCUGUUGUAAUUGCAAUUUAUAUUACAAUUUUUCUCGUUCAAAAACAAGAUACAGGACAUUUAAACGACAUUAAUAAUAAUUGUGGCCUAAUUCAUAUCAAAAUAUUAAAAUUUUUAUUUAGUAUCAACAUACGAUUUCUUACUAGAUAAAACUAAAAAAAGCUGGAAAAAUGGAAAAAGAGGUAGUAUCAAUUCCCAGGUUCAGGGGCUCUCGACUAAACAGGGUGAAGAAAAUGGACAUUUUCCCUAAAGUGGAAGACCCCUAUAAAAUGACUUCUUCGGUUGGCGGCACAUUUUCUAUCAUCAGCUUUUUGAUAAUUGGCUGGUUAGUGUACUCAGAGAUCAGCUACUAUCUGAAUAGCAAAUUCGUGUUCAAAUUCUCCCCGGACGUGCAAUUAGAGGACAAACUCGACAUGAACAUAGACAUAACAGUUGCAAUGCCUUGCUCAAAACUUGGGACUGAUGUGUUGGACUCAACAAAUCAGAACACCUACAAAUUCGGCACUCUUAAGCAGGACGACACAUGGUUCGAACUCUCAGACAACCAAAAGGUGCACUUUGAGCACAAGAAGCACUUUAAUUCGUACCUCAGAGAGGAGUAUCAUGCGAUAAAGGAUUUGCUGUGGAAAAACAGUUUUUCCACUCAGUUCGGCGAUCUACCGCCUCGAGACCAUACUCCGAGCCGCCCUCAUGACGCUUGCCGAAUCUAUGGAACUUUAGGUUUGAAUAAAGUGGCAGGGAAUUUCCUUAUUUCUGGAGCAAAACGUUACAUGUUCGGACUUGGAUAUCAGCAGUUCAGAACCCUUAUUUCCGAGGGAGAGUACAACUUUACUCAUCGCAUUAAUAGGUUUAGCUUUGGACAUUCCAGCCCUGGCAUUGUACAUCCUUUAGAAGGUGACGAAUUAAUACUGCCGGACCCAAUGACCGUAGUGAACUACUUCAUUGAAAUUGUGCCUACGACAGUGAAUACCUUCAUGUAUACCAUCAGUACUUAUCAGUAUAGUGUAAAAGAGCUGACCCGGCCGAUUGACCAUAAUAAAGGCAGUCAUGGAACGCCUGCUAUCUACUUUAAAUACGACAUGUCGGCGCUGAGAGUGACUGUGAGUCAAGAACGGGAUCAUCUGGGCAUGUUCCUAGCCAGGCUCUGCUCCAUUGUGGGCGGAGUUUAUGUUUGCUCAGGUAUUCUGAACAGUAUUGUGCAGCUGCUCUUGAAUUUCAUCACUUGUAACUGGCAUGGCAACAAGUCCCAGUCCGAUCAACAGACUGCGGCCAGCCAGCAGCCCUAUCAGCCCUUUGUUACUACUACGGAGCCAAAUUGAUAAUCACAUGAAUAUCUAAUUUUUCUUUGCAAAUAAAUUCGCUUUAUUGUGUUGUUCAAAA